UCCACGUAGUGCGCGCUACUAUCUCGUCGCCGUCGCCGUCGUCAUUCAAUCGUACGUACUCACGCGCGCGGUACGCACAUGCACACAAACGCGCGGUACGCACAGCACACGCACACACGUCGCUGACAGAACGCGAUCGUCGUAGGGACCCAGACGACCGUCAGUAAAGUCCGGUUCAGCGGUCGGUAACCAGAGCGACCGCGGUAUACGUCCGUAUCGUAGACGGCGGAGGCGGCGGUAACAACAGACUGCAGUAGUUGUAGUUACAGGCAUCACGUCGUAACAACAAUAACAACAACAAUCGACGACGACGAUAAUAAUAAUAAUAAUAGUAAUUUUUUUCGUUAUCAUCGUCGUCGCACGCGCGCUCUCGUGCCGCUUAUCUCUCGCGCGCUCGCCGACCGUGCAGAUCCGCGUCGAUAUAAUAUAAGAGCCACACGACCCGUCGUCGCCGGCGAGUACAAAUUACGCGCAGCAACAAGUGCGCUAAACGGCAGUAUACGUAUUUUACGUCGCGAUCCACGUCGUUACCGCGUCCGCGUCCAUCAUCGCGCGGUCAAACACGAUAGUAGUAAUAAUAUAUUCAUAUUAUAUGAUAUUAUUAUUGUUUUGAUUUGUCCCUUCCGUCGGUCCGCUCUCCGUUUAUCGCACGCGCACCGGCACAUCACAGUCGCAGAAGUCCGGACGUCUUGUAUAGCUCUUCCUCAGCGCCGGCCGGACUCGCCGCACACCAGCCGGACACAGCGUGGGGUACGUCGAACCCGGAAACACCGACACGACCGUCUAUCGACCGACCGACCGUAAUAAUAUCAUAUUAUUACAAUAUAAUACCUACAACUACACGAUAAAACACUAUUACAGCUGCACAUUAACUCGCAAUUGGGCGAUAACCUGCACUUACACUGCACCAGAGCUUCACGGUUUUCGGUCGGCGUUCCGCACUGAGGAGUGAGGGUUGAAUAUACUACCACUGACAUGGUACUGAUGGUGCCAGUUUCGGGAUUAUUCGUCGUAAUCGGCGUAGCAGCGUUGGUGACUUUGACGCAAUCCGCCGCAGUCGUCGGCAACGACAAACAACAGCUGUUGGUUGAACAACUGUCCGAAGUCGAGUACGGGCGCUGCGAUGACGGUCCCGUGAUCAACUGCCGUACACUGCCGCUGUUUAACUACACUGACCUGUCACCACCGCCUGUUGGACCCGACACCGCCGGCGAUAUACAACAAGACGUCAAUUGCCCGUACAAAAACUUGGAACGACAUUUGCGUUGCGUGGACGUGUUCACUCGCCGGUGCUUGACGCCCGAACAACGGGGAGCCUUUUAUUCGCUGUACACCGUCCCAACGUUGGACAUGCAAGAGCUGUGCACCGAGGGCGGUCCUUACAGGGAAGAAUACUUAAAACACGCCGCUUGCUUGCGUACAGUGCACACUGAGUAUGUGCAGUGCGGACGUCGACAUCAGUCCGAGUUGGCCGCCUUAAUGCUGGAUCAAGAGCAGCAAACAGGAGGCGACGGGACUUCGACCGCGUCGCCAUUCACCGGCGCCGAACAGAUAACCCAGAACUUGGCCCGCCUGUGUGGAUCAUUCAGAGGACAUUUGCAAUGCGUGCACGGUAUUGUCCGGGCUACUUGUGGUCAACAGACCGAAGAGUUUGCCAGUCAGUUUCUCAGUCAAAUGGCAUCUUCACUUUUAAACAUCUGUGACAAAUACGCGAACGGCGCGCAUGGCGGCGUGUCCCGAUCACCGUCAUCCAGCGCCGCCCGGACGACCGGAACCACAACCACGGGAUUGGUCGCUUUACAGACAGCGAUCGUCAUGGCAUUUUCGUUCCGGCGAUGGUGAUGAAUUCUGGCAGCCAUCGCACACGUCCACUAGGGGAGGACGAUGUUCGUUUUAAGCAAAAACAAUAAACGCCAUCGGUUUCGCCAUUAUGUUUUACUGACCGCACUGCUCCUCGCCAUGGUUUUAUACCUACUACGAUUAUUCUUGCCUACUUUAGAUUAUAAUUCUACUAGAUUAUUAUUAUUACUAUUAAGCUAUUUUCACUAUAUUACGUUUAUUAGGUAUUAAUUUAUUGUCGUUACUAUUAAUGCUGUACUGUGUUAUACCGUGUAUAAUACGAAUUGUAUUGUGAUGUGUAUUAUUUCGGGAGUGUUGAUUAUUAUUAGGCAUAGUAUAGUUUUUGUUUUGUUUGUUUUUAUACGCGCGAUAUUGUAUUGCGGCAGUCUUAUUAAAACAAUCUAGUAAAUAAAAUAAACGUUUUUAUUUUGCUUGGUUAA